GUGUUUAGUCGGGAUGGAACAAUGAACAUAACGGAACGCGCGGGCAAGAUGCAAUUUUGCGAUGGAAUAAAGAUAUGUCGUUUUUAUGUCUCUAUGUCGAUAGUUUCAAUGCCUUUAGUUUUUUUUAGAAAACCUAUUUUUGUGCCGAAUGACGUGGUACGGGAGAAGAGUCCGAACAAUGUCCGGAGUGGGCGUGUCCAUGUGGCGUCACGUACUAAGCGGAAACCUUUUCCCUGACCGCUUCUUGUUUUCAGCAGCUAAAAGUGGCUUCUCUUGUUUCUCCUCGGAUUAUUUUCACUACCGAACAUUGGCGUAGCAUGACACCGAGCUGAGGCGCUUGACAAACAUCUACUCCGCCAGACUGCCACGUUUGGGUGAACUUCUGCCGCCUUAAAUGGUAGCUGCUUAGCUAACACCGAUAGUUAGGCUUUCGAGGAAAAUGUUUAGCCGUACUCGUGGUCCUGCACAGUCCCUGCGUAUGAUUUGUUGGCGAUAAUUCGCUCGUACUUCUUCCUCUCGUCGUUACUGUGAGGUGACAUGUUUAACAUGGCUAGCAAAGCGAAGAAACAACCACUCCUGCAACCUGGGGUGUAAUGAUCUUUCUCUCAUCCGCGUCGUGGAGAUAUUUCGUGGCCGUGAAGGAAACAGUUGCUAUGGUGUCUACGCUACGUGCGCCUACGCUUGGCUGACGGCGACACAGCAGGCUCAGCAUGAAGUCCCCGGGGUGCAGAAUUUCAUUCUGUAUGGGUUUCAUGGUGGGAUUCUUCACGCUCUACCUGGUUCUACGGCAAGUGGGCAUUAGUCAGAAUUUCUCUGUGCAACCGAUCCACAAACUGGUUGAACACAAUGACCACCAACGGCAUGAAGAAGAGGAGGAAGAAGACAAGAGAUGGAAGAAAGAGAGAUCUGCCCUUUUCAAUCUCAAACACCCUCACCAUUCUGAUGAGGAUAGCCGAAUGGCAGAUGAACUAUACAAAAAAGUACGCAUUCUUUGCUGGGUAAUGACUACACCUACCAACCUGCAGACGAAGGCUCGCUAUGUGAAGGACACGUGGAGUCGGCACUGCAAUGUGAUCGUCUUUGUGAGCUCCGUAAGCAAUCCCGACUUCCCGGCUGUGGGUAUGGAUACAAAAGAAGGGCGCGACCAGCUUUACUGGAAAACCAUUCGGGCAUUACAUUACGUCCACGAGCAUUACAUCAAUGAAGCCGACUGGUUCCUCAAAGCAGAUGACGACACUUACGUCGUCGUGGACAACCUUCGGUGGGUGCUUGCUAACCACACCAAGGACGAGCCCGUUUAUUUUGGUCGAAGAUUCAAGCCCUACAUCAAGCAAGGCUACAUGAGCGGCGGUGCGGGUUACGUGCUGAGUCAAGAGGCCCUGCGACGCUUUGUUCAAGGAUUUCAGAACAAAGUGUGCACUCACACCAGCUCAGUGGAGGAUCUUGCUUUGGGCCAGUGCCUGGAGAAAGUUGGGGUGCUGGCAGGAGACUCCCGAGACACUUCCCAACGGGAGACAUUUCAUCCCUUCAUCCCUGAGCAGCAUCUCACCGCCGAGUUCCCGAAGAGCUUCUGGUAUUGGAGCUACUGCUACUACCCCAUCUCAAUGGGUCCAAACUGCUGUUCAGACCUGUCUGUGUCCUUCCACUAUGUGCACGAGAGCAACAUGUAUUUGUUGGAGUACUACACCUAUCACCUACGUGCCUUUGGCUACAAAUACCGUUACCAGCCCCCUACCCCGCUCGGCUACACUUCCGUGCGCUCAAACUCCAAGGAUGAUGCUGCUGCUGCUGCUGCUCCUGUCGUUGCUAACAAGGAGAACAAAGCUGAUUCUCAGGAAAAGGAACAAAAAGAAGGUGUAAAUGGUGACAAUAGUCCGGAUGACCCGCCUCCAGCGGGCAAACAAAGGUAGGACCAACUGGGUAUGAGAAACAAUCGGAUCAUGAAUGAAGAAUCUGUUGGCUCAUGUUUUAAUGACACACGUCAUAAAUAACCUCAACUGUGAAACUAGUCAAACAUCAGCAUCAUUGUCAACAUUUCUUUUUUCUUUCUAGUUUGUCAAGUCAUGGCAGUGCGGACUAAAUCGGCUGCAUUCUUUUUGAAUUGUAAAAAAGCACCUUUUCUAUCCACGCGUACACCAGCUAGAAUUGUGCCAUUGUUCAAAAAUUUUCUUAGGAUAACAAACCCCGGUCAUGCUUGCAUUUGUUUGCGUCACUGCUCCAAUGCCUUGAACUAAGCAAACAACUGUUGCGUUAACUGCGGCAAGUGUCACAUGGAAAGAAUGACCCACCAUUGUUCGCACGGAUCAUCAUGCAUGACCCUUACUCCAUCAGGCUCUCAAAUAGUUCCGUUUGAGGGCUGGGCCUUUCAAUAUGUUUUUCUGAACAAAAGAAUCUGGACACAGUCUAAUCACCCUUAGAUGCCGGAUGAUCAGUAUGACUGCGAUACGCCCAAGUAGACAAAAUCUGGGGGCGAAACGGAACCAAAAUAAAGCAACGCUAAAGUUGCACCUUUAAUUGCACACACCGGAAGCAAGAAAAAAAAUGAAACAGAUGACUGAAUAUAGAAGCGGCGCGGACCACCAGCAGAAAAUGGAAGCUUUCCCAGUUUCCAAGCACUUUCCACCGCGCUGCGGUGGAGUUUUAUUCCGAGCGUCAGCAACAUGUUGCGCCUAGGUCGCCCCCAAGGGUGAGCAGCCUGCGGGCCUGUUGUAAAGAUGGCUCACUAGCGAUGGGAAAUUGGGAUUUCCGAGGAAUCUCGUUGAAAUGUGCUCAUUUGAAGACUGACAUAAAGUAUUGCGGAUUGAUAAUGAUCAGUUUCCUGAGUUGUAAAGUCGCUGAUCAUUGUAGUGAGAAACAUCGGUGUCCUCACAUAGAUCAUCAUCGAUUGCUAACAUAUUUAAAGGUAAUUUAAGCGAAACUUGGCUAAUUCCAUCUUUCUUUAGCAUUCACAUUGUUGGAAGUGCGUCACCUUUUUUUUAAUCUGACGUUUAGGUGCAGAUUAUCCUGUAAAAGUAGUGCAUCAAUCAAUAACAAUAUCCGACAUUUAGUUGCCUUUUGCAUCGAACCCGCCAAUGCAAUUUGCCACAAUUUUGUGGGCAGCCACAUAGCCACACAACAUACUGAAGUCGGAUAAUUGUGGUGAGCACAACAGGCUGCAAACAAAAAUCAAAAAAUUGAUCAAGCGUAUUAUAACGAACCCAAAGUUGCACUUUGCUCGCUAAAUUCUCUCAAGCUUCCGUCCACAACCACACGUUGCUGGACACCCUUCGAACGUCUGUUUGUCUGAUCAGAUGAAGAAAACGGAACGUUCUCGCUCGACUGCACACUUUCAGGAUGUUGAUCCGUCUCUGGAGGUUAAACAAAUCUUUCCACUGGCCUGUGCUUCCAAAGAAAAGAAGGCCUCUACUAAACCAGCUAUGUCAAAUGCUUUUGGCUUGCACUACUAGUUGAAAAGAGACGAACUUGCACUCAGCACGUGUCACAUUUCCGUUGGUUCGCCCGCAGUGGGUUAGUUGCCACGUGUCGGCCGCACACGUGAGGGUUUGUGGUGAAUUAAUUCAAUACAUCCAAUGAUGAGCCCCCGGCCUUGCCGAUGGUUGACUUUGUGAGCAUUUCUCAUGUUUUUUUUUUGUCCUGCAAUGUUAUUAAUCUUUAAAAUAAUGUGGUCGAAACAUUUUUUUCCUUUGUAAUUUGUGCAACUUCAACUGUCAAACCGAAGAUACUCAUUCUUUAAUAUCAUGAUGUGGCAGACACUGUUUUUCUUUGAAAUGAAAAAUAAAUGUCAUUUGUUAUGUAUUUUUCUAAGAAAAAAACCAAACAAACGAAAAAACACCCGAGCUGCUUACUUAGCUAUUUUUCUCACUGAAAUUGAACGUGCGUGGGGUACCUAAUCAAAUGCCUUUAGGAACCGUACCAACACGGUUCAGGUGUGUUUAUUUACAUGUAGGGCUGCAAAUGUGCAGCUUGCCAUCAGCAUAUGCUAUAUAUUCCAUGUAAUUUGUCUAUCAUUUCCCACAUCGUAUUUCUGAAGUACCUGCACCUUCCUUAGCCAGCUCGAUAUGGAUACGAGCAUUUCAAAUUUUGUCACCAUCAAAAUUCAUUUUGUUUUCAUGACAAUCUGCUCCCGAUGACAUUCAAUGAUGGUGUACAGUACUGUAAUUAUGGUUGCUGUGGAUUAAUGACAGUAUUGAUGUUUUGAAUUGAUUUGUUUUGUUUUUUUAAGUGAGUGUGUGGUCAGGCUAUUUGCAACGGAUGGUACUUUAAUCACUAUCAAUAAAGUGUAUUUGAUUGA